AUGGAUGGUUACAAGCUAUGGUACUUGGGGAGUGAGAGGCGUAGGAAUGAAGUAGGCAUCUUAGUAGAUGAAAAACUUAUAGGGCAAGUAGUGGAGGUUAAGAGGGUGGGCUUAGACGGUGAGGAGAAGAAGCAGUUUUGGGAGGCUUCGAACAAGGUGGUGAGAAGCAUGCCUAGCUCUGAGAAGAUUAUUAUAGCAGGAGAUUUCAAUGAACACAUCAGGGUGUUAUCGGAAGGCUAUGGCUAUAUGCAUGGUAGUUAUGGUUUUGACGAGAAAAAUGAACAGGGAGUUGCUCUAUUGGAUUUUGCGAGGGCCUUUGGGAUGGUGAUAGUGAAUUCGAGCUUUCCAAAGAAGGAGGAUCGCCUUGUCACCUUUCGAAGCGCAAUAGCCAAGACUCAGAUUGACUUUCUGUUAUUUAGAAAAGGGGAUAAGGUGUUGUGUAAGGAUUGUAAGGUCAUUUCGAGUGAGAACCUUUCGACCAAACACAGGCUUUUGGUGAUAGACUUGGGCUUAAAGAAGGAUAAGAAGAGAAGGGACGGGGAGGGUCGACCUAGAAUAAAGUAG